UUGCCGCUCGAUUCAGCUUGACAGCAUCUGAAACUGAAACCGAAACUGAAACUUCUCAGAGGAUUCUAGAGAGAGAACCAGCAGAGAGAAAGGGGGAAGGCAAUCUAAUGGCGUCGAAUUCGGAAAUGGGAUCGGCUGAUUUUGAAUCAUUGCUCUCUACCUCAGACGUAGAGCUGUUGAAGAGGGCUUGGCGUAACGAGAAGGCGGCGCCGGAGAUUCUUCCGUACCAAGGUGAUCUUGUCGAAAGAGCCAAAGGGCAGAUUGAAUUAGUGGAAGGGAAUAUUGAAGAUUAUGUGGAAGAUGGUAUCGACCCUUUGGUGGUGUCGCUUUAUCAGAUGGAUUUGGACAGAACCCAGUUUCUGCUGAGAUCCUAUCUUAGGGUUAGGCUUCUCAAGAUAGAGAAGUUUAUGUUCCACAUCCUGAAGUCAGAAGAAGCUGAAAGUCGCCUUUCUGAGCAAGAGAAAGCGUUUGCUAGAAGGUGUGCUGCUGAUUUAACAAAGCAUUUCGAAGAGAGCGUACUGCUUAAGUUGCCGGAGAACUAUCAGACGGUUCAAAAGCAAUCCCUUAUAAGUGAUGAGGAUGAUAUGGUGCCGGAGCCGAAUUUGGACACCUUUGUUGUUUGUAGAAGCAAGAACUCACUCAAACUCAAUCUAUACGAAGAAGGUGAGACGCCCGUGAUUCUGGAUUUGGACCGGGGCGAGCCCAGCUUCGUACGUUACAGGGCUGUAAAAAGAGCAUUCGAAUCUGGGGAAGUUGAGUUGAUCUGAGAGAUCACAAGCUAGAGAGGUUACAAUAUGUAUUUUUCACUAUAAAUCUGUUUCCAUUGCAUAAGCA